AUUCAUCAUGAACGAUUCAAUUCAAAAUGAAUUAGAGACGCCGUUCUUGAACGGAAAGGUCAACAGCACGACUGUCGAGCGGGAUCUCCAGUUAGUAAAGAUGUACAAAGAACUAGAGCAUAGCUACAGCUGGAAGAUCAUUUUUUACAUGAAUGUGUUCCUGGCUUGUGUCUCCUUCUCAAUAGUUCUUCCCUCUCUAUGGCCAUAUCUCCAGAGAUUCGGCGCUGAUGAGAACUUCUUAGCUAUGGUGCUGGCUAUCUACUCUAUCGGAGAGUUCCUCGGAUCAAUCAUUUGGGGAUAUGUGCAUAAUGCAUCCUCAAUGAAAUUCUCUCUCUACACUUGCAUAGGAGCUGGCUUUGUAGGGUCUUUGCUAUACUCCUUCGGUGGAUACUUCAUUGGAUGGGGUAAGUGGUUGGUUUUCCUUGGAAGAUUCAUUCAAGGACUUUGGACAGGAGGGCAGCAAACAAUCGAACAAGCCUAUAUCACUGAAUGCAUUGAUAAAGAUGAAAACCUCAAUAUGAUAGCUGACCUAGGGGCAUCUGCAGUGCUUGGAUUUAUCCUCGGUCCAGUAAUUGGCCUCAUUUGUGGGUUCAUCAAUUUCAGAGUUGGAUCAUUCUAUGUUGACGAGCAUACGUCAAAUGGAUACUUCCAGGCUAUCUUCACAAUUAUAAUGUUCUUGGGAACUAUAUUCUUAUUUACAGAAAUCCCCAGAGAAUAUCGGAGAGGACUACAAGAUGAAGAGGAAGAUGAAGAAGAUGAUGAAGAUGUUAGUGUUGACGAAGAAGAAGAGUAUGAUGAAGAUAUCGCCAAGAUUCUUCACCAAGAUCCUGAAGAGGCUACAUACCAUAUCCUUGACGAUCAACAAAAGAGUUUCCUUUCAAAACUCAAGCCUAAUCAAACAGGAGUUGUAGUGUGUUUGUUAAUUUUCUUGAUACAUUUCAAUGGUUUUGCUGUACAAGAGACUGUCAUGACUCCAAUUUCCACAGAUGUUGUCCACAAGUACACUAACACCCUAGACUAUCCAGAGAGCUUUGCUUAUAUUUUAUUUGCUUGUAGUGGAUUCUUGUCCUUACUAACUUUCCUUGCCCUCAAAAAAAUCAACACAUGGACAUCAGACAAAAAUUUUGUCCUCAUUAGCUCAAUUAUGGGUUUAGUUGGAUACUUCUUGCUUCUUGAUUUCUCCCCUGGGAUAAUCGAACCAGCAAGAUUUGUGAUUGGUUUCUGUAUAAUCAGUGUGACUUUCCCUCUAGGGAGAGGAGUGACUCUCUCACUCUUCUCCAAGCUGAUUGGAAAGCACAAAGCUGGAGUUUACAUGGGAUACAUGUUGGCUGUAGGAGCCAUUUCCAGAAUUAUCGGACCAUUCUGGUCAGUACAGUCUUUGAAUGUGUCUCCUUCCCUUACAUUCGGUGUUUCAGCUUUCCUUUUCUUGAUCAAUAUUAUUGUGCAGUUGAUUUACUCGGAUUCAUUAAGUGCUCACUGGUCUUAUUACAUUGAGCAAUAUGAAGAAAGAGAGGAGGCUGAAAGAGAAGGAAAGGAUGCCCCAAAAGUUGAUCGGAAAGACUCAUAUUCCCCAUACAACCCUUCUCCAGGAGCUCAAUAUCUCUUUCCUAACAAGAGAUCGACCAAGAGCAAGUUCAAGGGCAAGAACAUCAACGGGAUGGUUUAAAAAAUCCAAGAAGUUUCACUGUAAAAUCUAUCCAAACUCAGUCAAAGCAAUAUUU